AUGACUCUACUAUGGAGACACCUUGCGCUAAUGAUACUGGCCCUCAUAUGUGGCGUCGAUGCGUACAUGAUUGACGACGAUUGUGGUGAGAAUACAGGCUUCGUGGAGAAAAAGAUCGAUUCAGCUUUUCGAUUGAUUUCUACGGUUAUAACUGAGCUCGAAAAGACUCCCGUCAACGCAGAUGUCGACGACUUGUUUAACACGCUGUUUGGAGAGACCGCGACCAGCAUCGGAAAUAAUGGCGCACGAACAGACCACUUUCUACCACGCAUGAAAAGAUUAGCAGCCAUUCAGAAACGAAUCGACAGCGACCAAACCAGCUCAGAAGCCGAUAUUUACGACGUUCGAUUUUAUUGCACAACCAAUCGUAUUGUUAAGCGCAGCGACGGAGAGUAUGUCAACAAAGACCGCAACAACCUCGCCUAUAACCCAAAAGAGCUGAAAUCCGAGUUCGCACACUGUUACAACAUCGAGCAACCUACCUUGAUGAUAACAAUGACUACUACUGGAGGUCACAGUGAGAUCCAGAUAUGCCCAUGGUUUUUACGGAAAUCGCGAGGGUUCAAGUUCACAGAUCUCCAGGAUACGAGCCAACCAUUCUACGCAAUGCUUAGCAAGUUAAUUAUACCAAUCGCAGCCGUAACAAGAUACAGACCCAUCGAUGCGCUGGUACUGAUGGACAAAGUCAUCGUACACGAGUUGACUCACACAACACAGGCCAGGCCUGCAACAAGCGACAUGACCGACAACGCUUAUGGCUUCAAGAACGCGAGGAGACUCGUACAGGCAUGGCAAGCCGAUAAAUCUCUUGAACGAGACCCCAUCUUCAACGCCGAUUCGAACGCACUCUUCGCAGUUGGGACCUGGAUCAUUAUCAAUACAGGUUCAGGCAUAGGCACGGAUGGCUCUUUCACAAAGCCUUCUGGAAACCCGAAGGCAGUCAAACCAAGAAUGCGAGCUAUAAGCACAUCAAGUUGA